AUGGCUAGCAAGGAGAAUCCUGAUCUCCAUCUACACACAGUUCGACUGGACGUAACUCAGACAGACCACGAAAAGCCAAGCAGAUUCAACACGGACAUGCCUGACCCCGAGAGCCAGGAUAACGCCUCGGAGAACUCCCCCCCGGCCGUCGGGAAGCCGUCGGCCUUCAAGUCCCUCGGCUACCUAGACAGAUUCCUCGCCGUCUGGAUCCUCCUCGCGAUAGUACUGGGCAUACUCCUGGGGAACUUCGCGCCAGGUACGGCGGCCGCACUGGACCGGGGCAGGUUCGUCGGAGUUUCGGUGCCGAUAGCCGUCGGACUGCUCGUCAUGAUGUAUCCGAUUCUCUGCAAGGUGCGCUUCGAGACGCUCGGCGAGGUCUUUGCGCACCGGGGUAUCUGGAAGCAGAUAGGGUUUAGUGUGUUUGUGAACUGGAUCGUGGCGCCUUUUCUCAUGCUGGCGCUCGCGUGGGCUACCCUGCCUGACCAGCCAGAUCUCCGAGCAGGCUUGAUUCUCGUUGGCCUGGGCCGAUGUAUCGCCAUGGUCUUGAUAUGGACGGAACUAGCUGGUGGCGACGGGGAAUACUGCGCGAUCCUUGUGGCCAUCAACUCGAUUCUUCAAAUCGUCCUCUUCGCGCCCCUUGCCGUCUUCUUUAUCCGCGUCAUUAGCCGCCAGUCUGGAGACCUGGAUGUGCCCUAUGAAGUCGUCGCGACCAGUGUGGCCGUCUUCCUCGGAAUCCCCUUCGGCGCUGCCGUCAUCACGCGCUUCGGUCUGCGCAAGGUCGCUGGCGCGACGUGGUACCAGGAUGUGUUCCUCCGGUUUUUGGCGCCUUGGUCUCUUAUUGGUUUGCUGUAUACCAUUGUCGUGCUCUUCGCGUACCAGGGCCAGCAAGUCGUUCAUCAGAUCGUGUCUGUUGUGCGCGUUGCCGUCCCGCUCGUGCUGUAUUUCGUCAUCGUGUUCUUCCUCACGCUGUGGGCGACGCAUCGGGCUGGCUUCGGGUAUAGACUGGGUACUACACAAAGCUUCACGGCUGCUAGUAACAACUUCGAGCUGGCUAUUGCCGUGGCCGUGGCCGUGUACGGCCCGUUCAGUGACCAGGCUCUUGCUUCUACUGUUGGUCCCUUGAUCGAAGUACCUGUGCUGUUAGGGCUGGUUUAUGUCGUUAGAUGGAUUGCGAGGAGGUGGAAUUGGAAGGAGUGA